AUGCUUGCAUUUCAUCCAGGAAGACCGGACAACGGACCUCGCUUGCGCUGGGUCAAGGAAGGUUCCGACCUGGCGAAUGCUCAGAAUACAUUUCAUGCAUCAGACCUUGGCGACCCUGAAUACCUGAAGCACGAAAACUACUUGCGAUCGCCGCCUACAGCGCAUUUCCGAGGUAUUUGCAGCCGAUUGCUGGACUGUAGAUCGGAGGUAACACAUGAAUAUGUAGACAGUCUCAGAUCCGAUAGGAAAUAUCUGACGUCCUGGCUAUCUGCGGGUUGGACGAACGAUGUCAUAACAAUUGGGAACCUCAUCUAUCUCGCACAAAUCACGUCUCGUAUACCAGUUGUUCCACCCUUCACAUCUCACAUCGGCGGAGCGAACAUUCCCAUUUCAUUUUCUGAGAUCUUCGACGUCCCUCGACUUGCGCAUGCGCUGAAAAUGCCGAUUCUCGAGUGGCAAGAUAUCAAGAAUGUCACACUCUCUGAGAAUCUCGGAGAGCGAGAUGAGCUUGGCUGCUGGAAUAUUUGGGAAGUCGACAACGUCCCCGCAGACGGCCCUCGGGGAAGCUAUACUACGGGCUUGCUCAAUCUAGAUAUAUCAUAUACUCGGGCCCCUCAGUGGGUCAAGCUAAUGCCCGGCUUUGUACACGAUUCACAUUCGAGAUUCUGGUCGCUAGCGCGACUAGCCUUCCCAGAGUCGCGUGAAACUAAUCUGAAAGACCCGGUUUCUCAUCCGACUCUACCGUCAGAACAUCACGGAGUGGUACUCCCACCUGACGAACAGCUCUUAUGUUAUGACUAUUUGUACUACGUGGCAGGUGACACACCGUUUGAGAUUGAGUAUGAUUACAGCCCGGUGUGGAGGUUCGUCGCGAAGCACUUUCGGUGGACACAGUCCUUGGAAGAGCUCGCAGGGGACAUUAUGAGGCGCACUAUGAGCGUACCCAAAGGGAAGGCCGUCCCUCCUUUCAUAACUGUCCAUGCUCGACGAGGAGACUUUGUCGACUGGUGCAAUGGUGUGCCCGAAGAAGAGUGCUUCGCGCCUCUGUCUGCUUUUGCGCGGCGCGUACAGGAGGUACAAGACGAGCUGCGUGCUGUGCACGGUAUCGAGGCGAGUCACGUCAUCAUGACUAGCGAUGAGAAGGAUGAGGGUUGGUGGGAUGCGGUGAAGGAGAUGGGGUGGUUGACCAUAGACCACGAGCGGACGGUGCAGGUGCACGGGAGGUGGUAUCCGGUGAUCCUGGAUGCCGUGAUCCAGUCUCGCGGCAUGGGCUUCGUCGGCACAGAUCGCUCGACGUUCUCCGUAAUGGCGAGACGCCGAGUCUCGGAGUGGAACGGUGGAGCAGUCAGGACUGUCAAAUGGGGUCAUCCCGAUGCAGAUGCACACUGA